GCUGUUGGUCCCCGGUCUCCAGUGUGGAUUUACAUACCCUGAUUUCCGUGGGACUGGGAAGCGAAAGAGGAGGGCAGUGAGCCUUUCAGGAACUGAGGAAACCGCCGCAAGCAGCGUAAUUUAACAAAUGUACAACUUUUAGCCCCGUCCUCGGUCCUCGGUCCUCUCGCACCGUAAACCUCCGUCGGUACAACCGUCCGGAUUAUUUCUCUCGUCUGGAGGAGGACCGGGAGCUUUUCUUUUUACGGAGAAGUCUGGAAGCAACUUGAGUUGAACCCGGUUUUUUGAAGGGCUGUGGCCAUGGCCGGGGGUGUUGGUGGUGGGGUUUCUCCGCUGGGGCCCGCGCCGCCGAUGUGGUAUCACCGGGACCUGAGUCGAGCUGCGGCCGAGGAGCUACUGGCCCGGGCCGGGAGAGACGGCAGCUUCCUGGUGCGGGACAGCGAGAGUGUCAACGGGGCUUACGCUUUGUGUGUGCUGUUUCAGAAGCAUGUCCACACCUACAGGAUCCUCCCAGAUGAAGAAGGUUUUCUGGCUGUACAGACAUCUCAGGGCGUGCAGCCUAAGCGGUUUAAGACGUUACCAGAGUUGGUGUCGUUGUACCUGCAGCCCAGCCAGGGUCUGGUCACCACCCUGCUUUAUGCCGUUGACCGAGAGGAAACAGCUGUCAGCGAUGACCGGGACUAUUCAGAUGGGGAGGAUGAGAAGCCACCCCUCCCCCCUCGCUCUGCCUCCACAUCCACUCCCCCUGGACCGGACACACCCACAGACAGUGCUCCAGCAGCUAAUGGCCUGAGCACCAUCUCCCACGAGUAUCUGAAGGGCAGCUAUGCUCUGGACCUUGAGGCAGUCAAACAGGGAGCCUGUUCCCUGCCUCACCUCAACAAGACACUUGUGGCCUCCUGCAAACGCCUUAAUGGGGAGGUGGACAAGGUUCUGUCUGGUUUGGAGAUCCUGUCGAAAGUCUUUGAUCAGCAGAGUGCUUUCAUGGUCUCCAAGAUGAUCCAACAGUCGGUGAAUCAGGGAGGAGACCAGGAGCUGGAGAACCUUGUGACCAAGCUGGCAAUUCUAAAAGACCUGCUGUCCUCCAUAGAGAAGAAGGCUCUGAAGGCUCUCCAGGACAUGAGUUUGUCCUCUCCAUGCUCCCCUCCUCCUCUCUCCAUGCGUCACAGCAAAGCCAUCCCUGUGCAGGCCUUUGAGGUAAAGCUGGAUGUUUACCUGGCAGAGCUGACAAAGAUAGGGAAGAGUCAGAAGUACACUCUGUCUGUGGACGUGGAGGGAGGACGGCUGGUAGUGAUGAAGAAGGUGAAGGACAGCCAAGAGGACUGGACCACCUUCACACAUGAAAAAAUCCGUCAGCUGAUCAAGUCUCAGCGGGUGCAGAAUAAACUGGGCAUUGUUUUUGAGAAAGAGAAGGACAAGAGCCAGAGGAAAGACUUCAUCUUUGCUAGUGCCAAGAAGCGGGAGGCGUUUUGCCAGCUGCUGCAGUUGAUGAAGAACAAACAUUCCAACCAAGACGAGCCAGACAUGAUCUCCAUCUUCAUAGGCACCUGGAACAUGGGCUCGGUACCUUCGCCUAAGUCUGUGGCCUCAUGGGUGUUGUGUCGUGGCCUUGGGAAGACUCUGGACGAGAUGACGGUCACCAUCCCUCAUGACCUGUAUGUGUUUGGAAGCCAAGAAAACUCUGUGUGUGAUCGGGAGUGGGUGGAGUCACUACGUGCCAUGUUGAAAGAACAGACGGAGCUGGAUUAUAAACCGAUCGCAGUGCAAACUCUGUGGAACAUAAAAAUUGCUGUGUUGGUGAAACCUGAACAUGAGAACCGGAUCAGCCACGUGGGGAUGUCCAGUGUGAAGACGGGCAUCGCCAACACACUGGGUAACAAAGGAGCUGUGGGUGUAUCCUUCAUGUUCAAUGGGACAUCUUUUGGCUUUGUGAAUUGUCACUUGACAUCAGGGAAUGAGAAGAUUGCCAGGAGGAACCAGAACUACCUAGAUAUCCUACGCCUGCUGUCAUUAGGAGACAAACAGUUGAGCUCCUUCGACAUCUCACUGCGCUUCACACACCUCUUCUGGCUGGGAGACCUCAACUACAGGCUGGAUAUGGACAUACAGGAGAUUUUAAACUACAUUAACAGGAAGGAGUUUGACCCCCUGCUGAAGGUGGACCAGCUCAACCUGGAGAGAGAGAAGAACAAAGUCUUUUUACGCUUCGCUGAGGAAGAGAUCUCAUUCCCACCCACCUACCGGUAUGAACGUGGCUCAAGAGACACAUAUGUCUGGCAGAAGCAGAAGGCCACAGGGAUGAGGACUAAUGUUCCGUCCUGGUGUGACAGGAUCCUGUGGAAGUCGUACCCAGAAACACACAUUGUCUGCAACUCCUAUGGCUGUACAGAUGAUAUAGUGACCAGCGAUCAUUCCCCUGUGUUUGCUACCUUUGAGGUGGGGGUGACCUCCCAGUUUGUCUCCAAGAAAGGUCUGCCAAAGUCUUCAGAGCAGGCCUACAUUGAGUUUGAGAGCAUUGAGGCCAUAGUGAAAACAGCGAGCAGAACCAAGUUCUUCAUUGAAUUCUACUCCACUUGUCUGGAAGAGUUUAAGAAGAGCUAUGAGAACGACAGUCAGAGCAGCGACAACGUCAACUUCCUGCGUGUGGGCUGGUCCAACAAGCAGCUAACGACGCUCAAACCUCUUCUCUCGGAGAUCGAGUACCUGCAGGACCAACAUCUGCUGCUAACCGUGAAGUCACUGGAUGGAUACGAGUCCUACGGAGAGUGUGUUUUGGCUCUGAAGUCUAUGAUUGGCAGCACAGCACAGCAGUUCCACACCUACCUGUCCCACCGCGGCGAGGAAACAGGAAAUAUCAGGGGGUCCAUGAGGGUCAGAGUCCCGUCUGAAAGGAUGGGAACCAGGGAGAGACUCUAUGAGUGGAUCAGUGUGGACAAGGAUGAGACAGGCGGGCCUAAAGGGAAAUCCACUUUGGUAUCCAGAGUGGGACAUGAAUACGUCAAGCCAUCUGUGGUGCGUAAACAGCUUGGAGAGCUGGGAAAGGUCAGCGAGGAGGGAGAAAGGAGCAGCAAGGAGGAAACGGCUGCACGUCCGAAACAGGACGCACCAGACGGUGAUCCAUCCAUCAGCAAGAACAGCUACAAUAAUCCCGCCUACUACAUCCUGGAGGGUGUUCCCAACCAAUCAGCAGCUGCACUCUCACCUGAGCUUCUCCCAUCUCCUACGUCUACAAACCCCCAGGUAGCUAAAGCCCCUGCCCCCUCAGCCGGAGCUCGAACCAAACCCUCUUACGUGGGCUCAGGGCACUCUCACUCACGCAGGCCUAUGACGGGGCACCCGGUUCGAGCUAUUAGUGAGGAGGGCUCCUCCGAGGACGAUGGAGGCACCUGUGCAGCAGGAGCGCAGGGGGGUGCUGCCGGAACAACAGUUGGAAGCACACUGAACCGACCCCCUCCCGACUUCCCCCCUCCUCCUCUCCCUAAGGGAGCCCUGGAGAUGGUUGCAGAGAGCCCCUUCCCCAAAUCUCGCCCUCUUUACCCAGACCUAGCUGAGGUCAGGAUCCCAGCAGCAAGUCCCGCCCCUCCGCUGGCCCUCGGAGAAGGUUUUAGAAGAGGAGGAGGAGGAGGAGGAGGUGUUGGACCGGGGGCUUUGGACGACCAGUCGUGUUCUGUGCUUCAGAUGGCAAAGACACUGAGUGAGAGUGAGUUUCCUGGGCAGCCUCCACGCGCUCCAUCUGCGCCGCCUCUUAGGGGGCAGCCAAUGGGGAUAGGUCUAGAGGCCUCCCGCACCUUCCCACCCAGAAAUCCCAUCCCAGAGAGUAUCGCAGAGGACAUGCCUGAGGAGGCACUGUGGGGCAGCAGCAGCUCGUCUCUGUCUGUUGGGGAGUCUUCAGUGGGGGAGUGGCUGCAGAGACUGGGACUGGAGAGGUAUGAGCGGGGCCUUCUACACAACGGCUGGGACGACCUGGAGUUCCUCAGCGACAUCACCGAGGAGGACCUCGAGGAGGCGGGAGUGCUCGACCCCGCCCACAAGCGAAUCCUGCUGGAAAGCCUCAGGCAGCAGCAACCGCAGCAGCAACAGAAAUAAACUGUACCGAACUGGUCUAUGACUGGUCCAAACUGGCCUGGUGCCUCACCAGGUCCCAAGAGGACAAAUCUCAGCUGAACUGAACUGAACUGAGCUGGAACAUGCUAACGGAUGCCAGACUGUGCCUUCUGAGAGAAAUUGCACUCCAUUUGUACUUUACAAAAAAAAAAAACACUUGUUGAACCACCAUCCUUUUUUUUUUAACAUGUACUGUAUGUGUGUUGUCGUUGUCGUAGAGGUGGCCUUAUUUAAUGAGAAUCAUUUCAGUCCUUCAAGCAUCACUACAUGACCGUCGGCUUUAAACCUAGAGAGAAGAUGCAGGAUGAGAUAAUGUUGUUUUUCUGGCCAGACAGAAUUAGAGAUCCGACUCACGUGUGGAGCAGCUGAUGCCUUGAUGUCGUGUCGUGUGUGUCGUGCCAUCAGUUAUGACCUACUGCUUCAAGCUAGCGUUAAAGCUUGUUUUCCUUUCUUUGUCCUGAGAAACCUUAACGGAGGAGCGACAGAGUUUAAGACUUCUCUGAAAUGGGAAACUGCAGAAUUUCAAGUUUAAAGCAAAAUGAGAAGAGGGCUUUUUGUGGGUAACCAGAGCCAUGAAAACACACUCUUUUAACAACAGUGUGUUUUUCUCUGAGUCUCCCACUAAUGGUCACAUUUCGAAAACUAUGUGGGAACUGUUAAAGCACACUCAAGAGUACCACACAGCUCGGGCACUGUAACCCCCUUGCUUCUGUGAUGGAGGCGGACAGGAAGUGGUGACAGUAGAGAAGCUAAGUCUGAAGUGAGCUCAACUCGCAUUUCUCAAAUUUUAUACUUUCGUGAUGACGUCUGAGCCACUGGUAGCAUUUAUUGUCUCAGUGUCAUGUAUUUAUGGUUUUAUGUUGUUUUAUGAUAAAGGGAAUAUGGAGCAAACCAACCAAACCAGUCCUGCUAGAGCUAAAAGUGCAUAUUUCACAUUGGUACAACAUUUAACUGACAGUGUUGGACAUCACCUGCCCUCGGUGUGUUUAUACAAACAUUGUGACACAUGUAGCGUACUGACUCUGGGCAGGGAGUCCCUUUUUGGUAGAAAAUGAAAUCACAAGUAUACGUGAGGCAAUAAAUGCUGCAACUGACGUGAAGUAUCACUUUAAACAUUUAAGGCAGGCGAUUGGCCAUUGUCACACUUUUAUUGUCUGUGAGGACAUCUCAAUUUCAAUUUGCGGAAGCAGACAAAUCUUAUGUUAGCGUCACAUGACCCAGGUUUGUGGGGUCACAUCUUCAUUUUGAAUUGUGUAAAUGCAGCAGCGUUCAUGGAUUUGGUUAACAUAGUUGAAAAAGAUGAGCUAAUGGUUAUUCUACUGAAGAUUUACUACGCCGUCAUACUGUCAACGUCUUGGAGAAACCAUUUGUCACCAAAACAUUUUUUUUCCUGUAACAUAGUCGAGAGAUUUGUCUCAUAUUGCUGAUUUUAUUUGGUUCUUUUUGUUACAUUACUAGAGACAUUGCCUUGUGGGAGAAGAUGUCACCAGUCGUGAUACAUUAAAAACAGAAAAGUCAGUUCUCUGCAGGACACAGGAUAGUUUGAGGGCCGUUGUUCCUUCAUUUAACCAGCAGGUGGUGCUGCUACUCCAUAAACCUUGUCAGUUGAUGCUGUCUGGGGAAACUUUGGGGAAAAUGAGACACAGCUAAGUCCUGUUUAGUGAAAGGAGUUAUACUUUAUAGUUCUACUCAAUGGUUUUUUUAUAUGUUGUUUUAAAAAUGAGAGUUAACUUACCUGUUAGUGUUCAGUCCGCCUUUAUCUGUUCUUAAUUUAAAUCCUGCCUACGAGACUAGAAGCCAAACCAAUUUAAGAGACGCUGACACCUUUUACUUUACCCAGGUGGAUCACACCGAACUAUCUCUCCAGUUAAGCGCACAGCUUGCUUUGGCCACAACAAUAUGAUGUGAAACAUAUUUUUGUGAUGUCGGCUUAUCACGGGAAGGCCUCGAAAGUAGAACUCUAACCUGUAAAUGAAUGUGCUGUUGCAUAAUUGGGACUAAAUAUGAUGAAACCUUUGAAGAUGUGAUUGUAGCAGUUUCAUUUUAUUUGUCAUGUCUGAAAAGGAUUCCCCCUUUUUCCUCUCCUAGUUUUCUUUGUAAAACCAUUAUGUUGCUCCUGUACAACCUUCUUAGACUCAGCUACUCGCCUGCGUUAUGUGCUGUACUAUGUGUUUAACCUUUAACAACCAUAAUGCAGAGAAUAUUGCCGUUCAGACAACACGUUCAAUCUGAUGUCUUUUUGGCCUUCCAUUGUUCUCGUUAUGUGUGCGUGUGUGUGUGUGUGUUUGUAUUGGUGUGUGUGUGUGUGUGUGUGUAUGAGUGAAAAAGAGACUGCCAUCGUUGUUUUCUCUGACACACUCCAUGUUAUCUUGUUCUUUUCAUGUAGUCUCCUUUUUUUUGGCUAUGUUAAGUUAAUGUAAGUUGUUCACUCAUGUCAUUUUUUUCAAUUAAAAUCUAAUAUCUUUCCUUAUUAUA